AAGUGCACUUGAACACAAUAUCGAAAGCACUAUCGAGCUAUCUCUUAAUUGUCGAGGCCUAUCUGACAAUGAUAUCGUGGCAAUAAUUGCAAGUCAUCACCGGCGACAAAGUGAUUGGCCUCUGGCUAGUGUGUGGGGAUGAUAGGAUCAGUUGCAGCCAUGGAUGCAUCAACCUCAUACUCAAACACAGACUCACAGAACAAGAUGAGCCUCAUUGGACCGCAAAAUCCAAAGAAUGCGUUCAAGACCAUGCCUUGCAGUAAGCGAAUAUCCAUGUAUGAUGUCUGUAUAGUUGGGGCUGGCAUGAUAGGAUCUGCAACUGCAAAACAUCUCUCGGAAAUUAGUAGGACCGGAAAAAAGAUUUGUCUUAUUGGACCCUCAGAACCCAAGAAUCGAUACAAUGCUACAGAGAGGGACAUCUUUGGUUCAUAUUAUGAUGAAGGUCGUAUUGCAAGAGCUACCGACUCCAAUCCUGUUUGGGCAAAGUUGGCUAAAAGAUCCAUUGCAGCCUACAAAAAACUUGAACAGCAAUCUGGUAUUCAAUUUUUCUCAGAGGCGGGCUAUGUGGUGAUAGCAAAGAAUGAUAGUACUUGUAUUAAAGAAACUAUUGCUGCAUCUAAGUCAUGCCAUGCAGAAUUUGAGGUUUUGGACUCAAAAGGAAGCAAAAAACAAUUCCCAUUCCUCAAUAUAACGGACGACGACCAAUGCAUAUUUGAAAAGGAAAGUUCCGGUCACGUCAGUCCGCGAAAAUUGGUCCAAGCACUGCGAUUGGUUGCCAAACAAAACGGAUGUGACAUCAUUGAUGAGGUCGUGGAUGACAUUCGGGAAAUUACCGACAAUAAUGCAGAAAGGUUUUCAGAGAUAACAUUGUCAUCAGGUCAGAAACUGUUUUCUCAUAAAGUACUGCUUGCAACAGGUGCUUUUACAACAUUUAGGAAUCUUCUACCAAAACACGUUGAGCCCGAUGUUAAUCUUAAAAGCGCCACUGUGUUAAGAGUUGAGAUCGACGAUCAUGAUGCCGCCAGUCUAAGGAACAUGCCCAGCAUAUACUUUAAUCAAGAAGAGUCGCAAUGUCUUCCACACAAUGUACUCAGACGAAUGUAUAUUCUUCCACCCAUUAGAUACCCGGAUGGGAAGAUUUACAUCAAAAUAGGUUGUAGUGGCAGCGACCUUAAAAUAACAUUGACCACGGCAAGAGAAAUGGCAGACUGGUUCAGAGGCCAAGGUUACCCAGGUGCAAAAGUGCCAUUAUUGACCACCCUGCAACAUGUUGUUAAAGGAUUCACACCACGCUCAACAACACUUGACACAUGUGUGACGACAACAACCCCCACUAGCCGUCUGUACAUAGAUAUGCUUAGCCCGACGCUAGGUGUCGCUUUAGGUGGCAAUGGCUGGGCUGCCAAAUCGUGCAUAGAAAUAGGGAAGAUUGCUGCACUGAUGGUGACGUCAGAUAGUGGACACUGGACUUACGACAUUCCAAGGGAGAAUUUCCUUUUCACCCCAAAGACAAUAUCCAAAUUAUAGAAUAAAUUAAAGACGAGUCCUAAUAUAUAAUGUCGCUUCUGGCAAUUUAUCGUCAAGCAUGUUUAUUGCAUUCAUAAUCCUUUCUAAGUUUCCUGAAUAUAUACAUUUGCCAGACAGUAAAUAUUUACACUAUUGUCAAUUUCGAGAACUGUUUCGAUCCCUUCUUAUCAGUGUUACGUUUUACACAAGCAGAUGUAUUAUACAUGCCUAGUAUCCUUUCCACGGUAGUUUUCCUACAGUCAGAUUCAUAAAUAAAAGACACCUGAGAUUUCUGGCACAGUUUGCUGAAUUUGAACAUUUAAUUUGCCAAACACUCCCACACUGAUAAAAUAUAUACUCCUGUAAAUUAUUAUUACCAGAAUAAAUGUCUCCGAGGCUUUAUAUUGGCGUAUAGUGGACAGUUUGUAAACAUGUGAAUCCACUUUUCAAAUGGCAGCCAUUGUUUUUGUAGUCUCAAACAAAAAUGAAAACUGUUCAAUUUGUAUAUCUGGUAAUGGUUCUGCAUCGAUGUAUCACAAAGAUAUAUAAAAC